GCUCGGUCGCCCCCGCCUAACCGGAAGUCGCUGGUAUGACGACGCAAAAACGCCCGUCGGGGGCGCGUCUCUUUCAGCAGCCAAUGGGCUCUGCCUACCUUAGUCCUCGUCAUCAUUUUGUCUAAUCGCGGCCUGUGACGCUAGAAGGGCGGGGAGCAGAGGGAGAUACAGAAGCCGAAAGGGGCGAGGCGCCCGGUCGAUCCGAAGCCGGCUAGUGGGAGAAGAUGGUUUACAUCUCGAACGGACAAGUGUUGGACAGCCGGAGUCAGUCUCCAUGGAGAUUAUCUUUGAUAACAGAUUUCUUCUGGGGAAUAGCUGAGUUUGUGGUUUUGUUUUUCAAAACUCUGCUUCAGCAAGAUGUGAAAAAAAGAAGAAGCUAUGGAAACUCAUCUGAUUCCAGAUAUGAUGAUGGAAGAGGGCCACCGGGAAACCCUCCCCGAAGAAUGGGUAGAAUCAAUCAUCUGCAUGGCCCUAGUCCUCCUCCAAUGGCUGGUGGAUGAGGAAGGUAAAUGUCUGCUCUAAGAAGCAGACAACUGGACAUGUGCAUUCACAGCAGAAGGAAACCAUCAAGAAGUGGAAGGUCGACCAUGCUGAGCAAUAGAUGAAUGUGUCUGUCUAAACAAGGACUGCUCUGUGUCCUCACAGAUGAAUGAGGUCAUGCUAGGAAUUCCCUCUGCAGGGAACUGGCCUGACUGACAUGCAGUUCCAUAAAUGCAGAUGUUUGUCUCAUGACCUUUUUGUAUAGUUUAUUAAAGUAUUAAUAUAGUUUUAAUAAGUAAAUAUUUUUAGGUUGCAGAGUGGACUCCUCAUCUUUAUAUUCACGAAAAAACAAUCUGAAGAAAAUAAAAGCCUGUGUAUUUAGCACUGUUAGUGUCACCUUUUCAACUUCUGAAAUACUGUUCAUUGUUAACUUUUUCUCAUUUAUAAAUCACACUAUUUAUUUCA